UUUUCGGGAUGGUUUGAAUGAUUUCGAAGUGGUGAAAACAGCAGUCGACCUAUUUCGCUACACUGAUUAUAUGGCUUUCGUGGAUUAUGCUCAGAUGCAUGUCAGGAGCACAGACGCCGAAGAUGACGGCAGAAUGAGAUUUCCCCACAUGGAUGAUAAUUCUAAUGCUAACGGAUUCGACGAUCAUGUGGUAAAACCUCAAAAUGAACCACUGUUAUCUUAUGCUGACUGUGAGUUACCAGAAAUUCCGAAAACAACGACAAAUGGGCAGUAUUUUGAAUUUGAGCGGAUUGCUAAUGGGAUUGAUGGAUACUUCGAUGAAAAUUCGGACACGGAUGAUGAAAACUUCGGUAGUAAUGAGGACGAUUCGUUCACUUUCGAUAUGUGCCGCGUACGACGUUUUCGACGUUCAUCAAAAAGUCCACCAGAAAUCUAUUCUCAUAAGAGAUUAGGAAAUGGAAGAACAAUGCAUCGCCUAGAUGCCAGUGAGAUUUGCAAAGAAGUGGAAGAGGAAGGACUAGAUCCAGAGGACGUACUCUGUAUUGUCCGUGAAGGUUAUAUAAGGGCUCCACCUCUUGCUCAGGAAGACGAUUUUGAAGAUGAUGUAUAA